AUGAUGCUGUGGAAAAGAGAAACUGUUACGUGUAUGUCUUUUAUGAUCAUCAACAUUUGUUGCGGUUCUACUGUCCUUCAGAAGGAACGAUUCCUCCAAGGUAAGUUGGUAUAAAGUGAAGUACGAGAAUUGCAUAAUCAGGGGGGGAAAAAAGGUGCUCUAAAUCGUUUUAUACUUGUUUUUUAUUUAGCAUUGUUUGAACUGAUGUUUGGGGCAGUUAAUGAUUUUUUCCGAGAAAAGUAGAGAAACCUUUUACUGCAAAAGGCAGAUUUCGAUUUCGUGCUCAUUUACGUUAAGAAGAGAACCAGUUGAAUUUGAAAGCAAGGUGGAAAAAAAUUUCAACGAAACUCCAAAAAUGUUUCCUUUUAGCUUAUGCUUUCUAAGAUUUACCUUGUCUUCCUUUCUUCACUUCUCUCGUAAGUCCGCCUUCAUCAACACUUCGUCCGUCAUCACUGUGUACCCAUCCGUCUAGUAUGCUCGAAAUUAAUUUUACACAAACUUACCAUUCUUAAUAAAUUAUUCGGAAAAUAUCACUGAAGGAAGUUGUGCUCUCUCAAGUUUUAAGUUUAUUUUGUGAAAUGAAAUCUGUCACUCCUUUUAGUUACAAUACCAUCCUCCUGAUACAAAUAAUCCCAAAAUAUUCAAGGAGGCCAAGAAAUAUCAUUCUGUUCUCCUUUUUGAUUUAAGGUAUGGACUCUUGUGGACAACGUAUUCUUCACUCAACAACCAGUAAUUACUAUGGAAUGGCUAUUACAAGAAACAAUGUGAUAGACAAGCGAAUAGUGGGUGGGAGAGUAAGCAGUGACGGUGCAUGGCCUUGGCAGGUUGCUUUAAUGCUGGAUGAUGUCCAAGUGUGUGCAGGCUCAAUUAUCAGACCUAACUGGGUUUUAACUGCUUGCCAUUGUUUCACAGGUGUGUGAAUGACGCGAAAAAUCCAAGGUACUCUAAUAAUAUAUGACGAAAAUGGUCGUAAAUGAGUUUCUAACCGAAACACCUCAGCUAAUGAGAGGCCAGAAAAAAAUUUAGGAAUUUCACACAGACGCCAAACAAGGAACUUCCUUCUUCCAUCGAAAAGAGCUCGCUAGUAUUUCUUAAAGCAAAAGUCAUGUCAUUGUAUCCUUGAAUAUUAAAUUUCCGCCUCCUAACCAGGAUGAUAACUUUGUCUGAAAUAUAUCUAUAUUUAAACAGAUUAUCGGUCAACAAAGGAUCCAACUCGCUGGAAAGUUAAACUUGGUGCCAAUCCUCUUUCAUCAGAGUCGAAAGAGUUUCAACAAGUGAGAGGAGUAAAGAACAUCAUCGUGCACCCAAAGUACUGGGGUAAAACUGUUCAAGGUGUGCUUAUUCAGCCUCCAGAUUAUGAUGUAGGUGAGUCAAAACCCUACGAUAGGGGAAAAAAUCCUCAUCAGGAAAUGAUUGUUAUAAAAUAUAAUUAGAGUGCAAGCUGGAUGAUUUUAAAAAAUAACGAAAUUAUUCUCAUAGCUAAACUAAACUGAAGAAAUUGUAGGAAGAGAGUCCUGAAAACUGAAUUCGGGGUCGACGGAAUUUGAAUCCCUACCUCCUUGAUACUCAUUGAGCACAACCACCGACUGAGUCACGAAGCGUUAUGUUAAUAUUCACCAAGUAGAGGUCCUUUGUGAUAAUGGCAGAAUAGUCGCUCCUCCUUAUUUCUCCCAGAUAAGAAACUCCCACUCGUAUUUGUUCAGAUCCUCUCCUGGAAUUUUCACAGUUCUUCCAGGGAAAACAUUUUACAUUUCGUUGCCUUUGAACAAAGUGGCUUUGCUUCAAGGUGUUAAACUGUCACCCCAAUCAGCGUCCACAUAUCUUUUCAACGUCUUGGUUCGCAAGGUUUCGCCCAAAACGGUGGCGAUGUUUCCCACACUAGUUACUAUUGGAAAAGCAUCGUUCACCCAUUAAGACGCCGCGAACAAUGUUUUUCCAGAUUUUCCAGAUAAAAAUUAUUGUUCAUAUGGAUGAAUGGCGAGAAUUUUUUUCAUAGCUUUCCUUUUUAUUUCAGCUCUUCUUGAACUUUCAAGCCCAGUAACCUAUAAUAGCUUUGUGCGACCUAUCUGUCUCCCCGUGAAUGGCUUAGCAUUCCCCCCCGGGAAAAUCUGCUAUGUGACAGGAUGGGGAUCAAAGGGAUGGAACAAGCCACCGUCGGAGUUUUUGCAAGAAGCUCCGGUACGUUUAGUUUCGCGAACGGAAUGUAACAAAAAGAAAUCCUACGAUGGGACUGUUCCAAAGACGGCUUUGUGCGCCGGAUACAAGGAUGGAGGGAUUGAUGCAUGUCAAAAAGAUAGCGGUGGACCGCUAGCUUGUGAAUAUGAAGGACAAUGGUACCUCGUGGGCGUCAUAUCAUGGGGAAAACAUUGUGCAGUCCCAAAUAAAUACGGCGUUUAUGCUGAUGUGCGAGUUCUAAACUCUUGGAUUACUGGAGUUGUACAGUAGUUUUAAUACCAUGAAUUCACGAUUGUAUGUGGCAGUUAAACGAGAAGUGAUUGUCUAUUACUUUCCCAGUUAGCAUGCCCCUUCAGCCAGAACAAGCAAGCAAAGUUUCAUUUGGGAAAGGGUUUCUAACAUGAGCAGCGUUCUAUUUCCAUUGAAAAGAUUCUAGGAUAAAGUUCUAAAAUCUAUUCUAGCAGUAGAAGUAGGCAAUGACCAACUAUUUUCUUGAAGUUCUCGCUUUCUACGAGGAACGAUUACAGGAGGGGAUUAUUGUUAAAUUUUCAUGUGUUUUUGUUUCGUAUGCCCAUGUGUGACACAUAUUUAUUAUUCCCACAUUGGGAGUUUUUGCAAAACAGAA